AUGAGUGUCGCACGACGAUACCACACAGCAUCCACAUUAGCAAAUGGGUAUGUAUUAGUUGUUGGUGGAUUUGCUGGUGCUAGUUCUCUCAAUAGUGCUGAAUUAUAUAAUCCAACUACAGGCACUUGGACAGCCACAGGAAGCAUGAGUAUCGCUCGAGGUUAUGCCACAGCAUCCACAUUAGCAAAUGGAUUAGUAUUAGUUACUGGUGGAGUCAACGAGAGUGGUUAUCUCAACAGUGCUGAAUUAUACAAUCCAUCGACAGGCACUUGGACAACUACAGGAAGUAUGAGUAUUGCCCGAUAUCAACACACAACAUCCACAUUAUCAAAUGGAUCAGUAUUAGUUGCUGGCGGAUCUAAUAGUGCACAUCUCAGCAGUGCUGAAUUGUACGAUCCAUCAACAGGCACUUGGACAAUCACAGGAAGCAUGAAUACCGCACGAAUGUAUCACACAGCAUCCACACUAGCAAAUGGAUCUGUAUUAGUUGCUGGUGGAUACAACGGUGUUACUUAUGUCAAUAGUGCUGAAUUGUACAGUCCAUCAACAGGUGCUUGGACAACUACAGGAAGUAUGAGUGUCACACGAAUGAAUCACGGAGCAUCCACAUUAGCAAAUGGAUAUGUAUUAGUUAUUGGUGGAGUGAGCACCAAUGAUGUUUAUCGGAAUAGUACUGAACUGUACAAUCCAUCAACAGGCACUUGGAAAAUCACAGGAAGCAUGAGUAUCACCCGAGAUUAUGGCACAGCAUCCACAUUAGCAAAUGGAUUAGUAUUAGUUGCUGGUGGAUACAACGGUGCUAGUUAUCUCAAUAGUGGUGAAUUGUACAAUCCAUCAACAGGCGCUUGGACAAGUACAGCAACUAUGAGUACCCUCCGAGGUUAUCAUACAGCAUCCACAUUAACAAAUGGAAAAGUCUUACUUACUGGUGGAUCCGACGGUGGUGCUCUCAAUAGUGCUGAGCUUUAUCAAUCGAUAUAG